AUGACGUGCUUUCCCAUUACUCCCCAAAGGUACAGGGUUUUGGAUACCAUUUAUAAACUUGGAAAAGUUCCUCUCCCAGCUGAUGUCUUACUGGAAAGCGGUGUGUAUGCACUUAUGAGGUACAUAAGAAAUAAGGAGGGAAAAGUUGGAUAUGAAGCAAUAAAUCUUGUAAACAAGUGGAAGUCUGUUAUAAUUGCAGCUGCAAAAGGUUCUGAACCUUUAUCUGCAAAAACUGUUGAUCAAGUUGUGAAUCAGAAUUCUGAAAUACGAAGCUCUAAUACACCUUUGAAUUUUGUUAAUAAGCUCCCUGUUACUACUAACCACCACUCAAGUUGGGAGAAGGUUUGUUUUCAAACUAAUCCAGUAAAUAAAUGGGAUAAAAAUGACUCUUUAUGUUCAGCUGGAAUUUCAUAUGAAAAUGAACAACGUUCAAGAAGUAAUUCUUUUAAUUCCCGCCAAGAAAACCAUCUUAAAAUUUCACAUAAUUCAAAUUUGGAUUUUUGUGAUAGCCUCAGCCAGUCAUCAAAUGUGCAUUUAAUUACUAAAGAUACUGAGGAUCAACCUUCAAAUGAAACUAGUCAUUGUGCAAAAACACAGAUCAUUGCACCAUAUUCUAUUGAUUUGAAAGAAGGUAUGUUUCGAGCCGUUAAAAUUAAGUCUGACAAACCAUCAAGGCUUAGUAUUUUGAAAGAAAAUUGCUCUCAAAUAGAACUCGUUAACUGUGAGAUAGACUAUUGCAGUAAUUCUGAUUAUAAAAAAAAUAUUCCGUCCAAAAAAGAUGCAAAUAAAUUUGAUGAUAGUAAAAAGUGGUUAAAUAGUGUACAUAAAAAAGAAAAAGAAAAAAGUAAUUUGGAUAAAUCCAAAUUACUGAACAGCUCUAAAGGAGAGAAAGAUGUUGUGGAGAAAGAUAGUAAAUUGCCAAAAAAAGGAUCUGAGAAAAAUAUGAUCGAGAGCGAUAAAACACAUGUGAAGUCUGAGAGAGAUAAAACACCUGUGAAGUCUGAGAGAGAUAAAACACAUGUGAAAUCUGAUAAAGCUAAAACACCUGUGAAGCCCGAUAAAGAUAAAACACAUGUGAAGCCCGAUAAAGAUAAAACACCUGUGAAGUCUGAUAAAGCACCCGUGAAGUCUGAGAAAGAUAAAACACCAGUGAAAUCUGACAAAGAUAAAAUGUCUGUGAAAUAUGACAAAGAAAAAAUACCUUUAAAAUCUGACAAAGAUAAAAUAUCUGUAAAACCCGAAAAAGAGAAAUCAUCUGUGAAAUCUGAAAAAGUGAAAAUAUCUAUGAAAACUGAGAAAGAGAAAACAUCUGUGAAAUUUGAAAAAGAAAAAAUGCUUUUGAAAUCUGAUAAAGAUGAAGUACCUGUGCCAUCUCAAAAAAGAAAAAGGGAAUCCAACUCUGAAUAUUUAGAUAUGGUAAAAAAUGGAAAAAUUAAAAAAAUUCAUAGUUCAAGCACAGAAAGUUCUAAUUGUCUA